CGGCUUGGAGCGCAGGCUCCAGUGCGGCAGCUGAUUGGCUGUCGAAGGCUUGGUCCCAUCCCAGUGACCCCAAAGUGCUGGAAGGAGGGGGCGGGGGUGGCCCAGUGCAAAGUGCAUCCCGAAAGCCCCCUGUCGGGACACCCUGCUGCUGACACUUCGGACCUGGUACGACUUAGGGUCUCUCUGUCCCCAGACCUCUUGAGUCCCUCGGUAGCUGAAAGCCUCCGGCCCGGCGCGCGGCAGACCCUUGGUCUGAGCCCCUGGACCGGGACUGCCCCCCCCCCCAGCCGGCACUUCCUCCCAGCGCCCCUUCCCGGAGGCUGCUCCGAGGCCAAGAUCGCCACCCCCAGCCGGAUCGACUAUCUGGAUGCUCUCUGGGUUGGGGCCGUGAAGCACCCAGGAGGAUCAGGAACACGGUGUCCGGCCCUGCCUGGGGUGUUUCUUCAAUGGAGAAGUUGGUGAAUGUGCAGGAGGCUGAAAGGAGAGAGAGGAGCUGCAACUGAGGACACAGGGUUGAGCUUGCUGGAGGACACUCGCGAGUAGAAGGGGUCUGGCCACCCACCAGAGGAGCAAUAAACAGUGCUUUGGACCAGCAUCCUCUUGAAAGAGAAUUUACUAGAUUGAAAUAUAAGCACCUAGGUCAUGUGCUCAGAUUUCUGCUGCCUCCGAAAAUGCCCUAAAGGUGAAGAAGACUACUCCUCUGAGGCCGGCGCACACUGGGAGCCCUUCCCGCCAUGCUGCAUGCACGCCAUGGUUAUUAGACAAGCUGUCUACCGAGAGAAGAGACAUUCUUCUGUAAGGCUGCCUCCCGUGACCUAAUGUCUGGUUGGUGAAAAGUAGAGUCCGCUAGGAUGUUACACCACCACUGCCGGAGGAACCCUGAGCUUCAGGAAGAGUUGCAGAUUCAGGCUGCAGUGGCAGCCGGGGAUGUUCACACAGUACGAAAGAUGUUGGAACAAGGCUAUUCCCCAAAUGGCCGAGAUGCCAAUGGCUGGACCUUGCUCCAUUUCUCUGCAGCAAGAGGAAAGGAGAGGUGUGUUCGAGUGUUUCUGGAACACGGAGCUGAUCCCACGGUUAAGGAUUUAAUCGGAGGCUUCACUGCUCUGCAUUACGCUGCCAUGCACGGCCGGGCCCGGAUUGCACGCCUGAUGUUAGAGUCUGAGUACAGGAGUGACAUUAUUAAUGCAAAAAGCAAUGAUGGCUGGACUCCCCUCCACGUGGCUGCCCACUACGGUAGGGACUCAUUUGUCCGGCUCCUCCUGGAGUUCAAGGCUGAGGUUGACCCGCUCAGUGAUAAAGGUACAACGCCACUUCAGCUUGCCAUCAUCCGAGAGCGGUCAAGCUGUGUGAAGAUCCUUCUGGACCACAACGCCAACAUCGACAUCCAGAACGGAUUCCUGCUGCGCUAUGCUGUGAUCAAAAGCAAUCACUCUUACUGCCGCAUGUUUCUUCAGAGAGGAGCAGACACAAACUUAGGGCGUCUAGAAGACGGACAGACUCCUUUGCACUUGUCUGCCCUCCGUGAUGACGUGCUCUGUGCACGGAUGCUGUAUAACUAUGGAGCGGACACGAACACAAGGAACUAUGAAGGUCAGACUCCACUGGCCGUUUCCAUAAGUAUUUCAGGAAGUAGUCGGCCGUGUUUGGAUUUCUUACAAGACGUCACAAGACAGCCCAGAACCCUGCAGGACCUGUGCCGAAUUAAAAUUCGACAGUGUAUAGGCCUUCAAAACCUGAAGCUGCUUGAUGAACUACCAAUUGCCAAGGUCAUGAAAGACUACUUAAAACACAAAUUUGAUGAUAUCUGAUACACCUGGACUGUGAACAAGAUUACGAGUUAUUCCAGAUACUUAAAAGGCUUCAGGCCUUGCACAAAGUAUAUCCUAUGCAAUUUCUGAUUUGCGGUCAAGUCAGAAAGCAGGUAUACACACUUUUAGGUUUAUGUUUGUUUGGAUUUCAUUUGGAGGAGGGAUCUUUGUGUGUGUGUGUGCGUGUGUGCGCGCACGUGUGUGUGUGUGUGUGUGUGUGUGUGUGUGUGUAUGU